UUUGAAUUUAAGGGACAAAAUCAAAGUUAAGGGACUAAAUUACAAAUAUUAUCUUUGUGUGUUUAAUUUUUGAAUUUUAAGGACCAAAUCAAAAUUAAAGUAAAGUGUAGGGACUACAUUACAAAUAUUAUCUUUCUUUUUGAUAUUUGAAUUGAACAAAUGUUUAAGUUUUUCUUAUCUUCAGGGACCUGUUUGUAAAUAAUAAAUAAAUAAAUUUGCUUUCACUUCACCCUAAUUGAAAGAGAAACCGCCGCCAUCUCUCACUUUGAAGCCUCCGAUCUAGGAAAGAGGAGGUUGAGACUUGAGAGAAGCCGCCGUUUCGUAUUUCGUCGUUCUCUUCUACAUCGCCGUCACCUGCUCCUCCUCCGUACGGCCGAGAGCUCACUCUGUCCAGAUUCAGACUCCUUCGCUGUCUGUCGCUAGGCCAGGACCAGGACUCAGAUUGGAGAAAGAAAGAUGUUAGGUAAUGAAGCCAACAGUACAUUUAGCAAGACAACAGGAUUACCUCGUAAACGAUUUUAUCGAGCACGAGCACACAGUAAUCCAUUGAGUGACUCUCAUUUUCCAGUUCCAAUCUCACCUUCCCAAGUUGAUUACUCCGUUCAUUAUCCUCAACUCUUCCCUUUCUCCGAUCAAAAAGCCAUUGUUUCCCAAAAAAUCCAGUUUGCUGACAUUGGCUGUGGCUUUGGAGGAUUAUUGAUCAGCCUAGCAACUCUGUACCCAGAAACUAUCAUGAUCGGAAUGGAACUACGAGAUAAGGUAACAGAGUAUGUCAAAGAAAGAAUCCUAGCCCUAAGGGUUUCAAAUCCAGGUCAAUACCAGAAUGUAUCUGUGGUUAGAACUAAUUCAAUGAAGUACAUCCCUAAUUACUUUGAAAAAGGACAGCUUUCGAAAAUGUUCUUCCUUUUUCCUGAUCCUCAUUUCAAGGAGAAGAAUCAUAGGCGUCGAGUGAUCAGUAUGCACUUGUUGGACGAAUAUGCUUAUGUUCUUAGUGUUGGAGGAAUCAUAUACACUGUUACGGAUGUGGAAGAACUUGGGGAGUGGAUGAGAAAGUGUUUGGAGGAUCAUCCGAUGUUUGAACCUUUAUCGAACGAAGAACUGGAAGCUGAUCCAGUUGUGAAGCUCUUGACUGUGGCGACUGAAGAAGGGCAAAAGGUUGCACGAAAUGAGGGCCAGACUUUUCAAGCCAUUUUUCGACGCAUCGUCCCAUCUUUGUGAGUGGUACUCUUUCAUGUGUUUUUUAUGUUGCUUUUUUAGAUGCUGGCAGAAACUCAUUUUUGUUUAAGAAUACAUUCCUAAUUUAUCCCUAAAUUAUAUAGUUGGAGGAUCAGUUUUUUCUCUU